CAGAGAGCCCCGCAGUCCGUGGAAAGCGGCUUGGGAGCGUGAUGGCUGCGACGCGCGCAGGAUCCCGCGCCUGCGAGAUCUUCGCCACGCUGGAAUACGGACCGGUGCCGGAGAGCCACGCAUGCGCACUGGCCUGGCUGGACACCCAGGACCGGCACUUGGGUCACUAUGUUAACGGACGGUGGUUAAAGCCGGAACACAGGAGUUCAGUCACCUGCCAGGAUCCCAUCACAGGAGAGACCUUGGCCAGUUGCCUCCAGGCCCAGACUGAGGAUGUGGCGGCUGCCGUGGAGGCUGCCAGGACCUCGUUGGAGAACUGGAGCAUGCAACCUGGAGCUGUCCGGGCCCAGCAUCUGACCAGGCUGGCCAAGAUGAUUCAGAAGCACCAGCGGCUGCUUUGGACCCUGGAGUCGCUGGUUACUGGACGGGCCGUUCGAGAAAUUCGAGACAGGGAUGUCCCUCUGGCCCAGCAGCUGCUCCAGUACCAUGCAGUACAGGCACACACCCUGGAGGAGAUGAUGGCAGGCUGGGAGCCCAUGGGAGUGAUUGGUCUCAUCUUGCCACCCACAUUCUCCUUCCUUGAGAUGAUGUGGAGGAUUUGCCCUGCCCUAGCUGUGGGCUGCACUGUGGUGGUCCUCGUGCCCCCAGCCUCCCCGACACCCCUCCUCCUGGCCCAGCUGGCAGGGGAGCUAGGUCCGUUCCCAGGAAUCCUCAAUGUGAUCCUUGGCCCUGCCUCGCUGGGGCCUGUGCUGGCCUCCCAACCUGGAGUCCAGAAGGUGGCCUUCUGUGGAGGCAUCGAGGAAGGACGUGCCCUGCGGCGGACGCUGGCGGGCCGGGGUCCCGAGCUGGGCCUGGCACUGGGGUCUGAGUCGCUGCUGCUGCUGAUGGAGACGGCAGAUGUGGCCUCGGCUGUGGAGGGCGUUGUGGAUGCAGCCUGGUCUGACCGCAGCCCGGGGGGACUCAGGCUUCUCAUCCAGGAGUCUGUGUGGGAAGAGACGAUGCGGCGGCUCCAGGCGCGGAUGGGACGGCUUCGCGGUGGCCGAGGGCUAGACGGAGCCGUGGACAUGGGGGCCCGGGGGGCUACUGCACGUGACCUGGCCCAGCGCUACGUGCGCGAGGCCCAGAGCCAGGGGGCACACGUCUUCCAGGCUGGCCAUGUGCCUUCAGACAGCCCAUUCUUUCCCCCAACCUUGGUCUCUGACCUGCCUCCAGCCUCCCCGUGUACCCAGGCAGAGGUGCCGUGGCCUCUAGUCGUGGUCUCCCCCUUCCGCACAGCCAAGGAGGCACUGGCCGUGGCCAAUGGGACACCCCGAGGAGGCAGUGCCAGCCUGUGGAGCGAGAGACUAGGACAGGCCCUGGAGCUGGCCUCCGGGCUCCGGGUGGGCACAGUCUGGAUCAAUGCCCACGGCCUCAGAGACCCUGCAGUGCCCAGAGGUGGCUGCAAGGAGAGUGGGUCUUCCUGGCACGGGGGGCCGUAUGGUCUGUAUGAGUAUCUGCGGCCCUCAGGGACCCCUGCCUGGCUACCCUACCUGUCGGAGGAUCUGAACUAUGACACCUUUGGCCUUGCUGUUCCCUCAACCCUACCGGCUGGGCCUGAAACAGGACCUGGCCCAGCACCCCCCUAUGGGCUCUUUGUGGGAGGCCGUUUCCAGGCUCCUGGGGCCCGGAGCUCCAGGCCCAUCCAGGAUUCGUAUGGCAAUCUCCACGGCUACGUGGCUGAGGGCGGAGCCAAGGAUAUCCGAGGCGCCGUGGAGGCCGCUCACCAGGCUGCCCCUGGCUGGGUGAGCCAGUCGCCAGGGGCCCGAGCGGCCCUGCUGUGGUCCCUGGCGGCCGCGCUGCGACGCCGAGAGUCCACCCUGGUCUCGAGGCUGGAGAGGCACGGAGUAGAGCUCAAGGUCGCCAAGGCAGAGGUGGAGCUGAGUGUGAGGCGGCUUCAGGCAUGGGGGGCCCGCGUCCAGGUCCAGGGUUGCACCCUGCAGGUAGCAGAAAUGAGAGGCACCGUGCUUCAGCUGCGGGAGCCGCUGGGUGUGCUGGCUAUUGUGUGCCCGGACGAGUGGCCCCUGCUUGCCUUCGUGUCUCUGCUGGCCCCCGCCCUGGCUCACGGCAACACUGUGGUCUUGGUGCCCAGCGGGGCCUGUCCCAUCCCUGCCUUGGAGGUCUGCCAGGAUAUGGCCACCUUGUUGCCAGCGGGCCUGGUGAAUGUGGUGACAGGAGACCGGGACCACCUGACCCGCUGCCUGGCCUUGCACCAAGACAUCCAGGCCCUGUGGUAUUUCGGAUCUGCCCAGGGCUCCCAGUUUGUGGAGUGGGCUUCAGCAGGAAACCUCAAGCCAGUGUGGGUGAACAGAGGCUGCCCGCGGGCCUGGGAUCAGGAGGCCGAGGGGGAAGGUCCAGAGCUGGGGUUGCGGGCAGCACGGACCAAGGCCCUGUGGCUGCCCAUGGGGGACUGAUUGCCCAAGCGCCACCCGCUCCGUCUUGGACAGAGGACAGAUGGACCCCAACCGACGCCAGAUGUCUGGAACUUUCCUCUUAUUAUGGUUCCCGUGCCUUCAAUAAACUCUGACCAGUCUUGGCUGUGCUUCUGAGGGGAGGGAGGGAGGAAACAGCAGCCUCUGGUCUAUUGAGGCCAUUUCGGUUCCGAGACGCAGCAGCCCCGUGGGCUGGCUCCAGGACAACACAGUGUUUGUGAAACAGAUAAAGGGGACCCUGAGAAACUCUGGACAGGGCCGCGUGGACUCUUGUCUCUUUUGGUCUUUUCCAUCCAAGUGCUCCUGCUGCCUGGCUUUCUCUGCCUGUGCACUGCCUCAGAAACUGUGGUGUGCUGCUGUAAAAUAAAAUACAGUAGCUCUCUGGAAUAAAAUCUGUGGUAAGUAACUUUGGCCAGUUUCCAUGGUGCUCCCACCAUGUCUGUUUCAAGCUCCAGAUGAUUGAACAACCAGCCGAUGAUUCCUGCAUUUUUUUAAAAUUUAUUUUUGGCUGCGUUGGGUCUUCAUUGCUGCGCACGGGCUUCUCAUCGUCGUGACUUCUCUUUGUUGCAGAGCACGGGCUCUAGGCACGCAGGCUCAGUAGUUGUAGCGCAUGGGUUUAGUUGCUCC